UUUAUAAUAAGGACGUGCUUGUGACCAUAAUCAACACAAUUUGCGGAUUGUAGAAUACCACAAACAGAAUGAAGAGAUCGUGGAGAGAUUGUCAGGGAUGGAGGGACUCCAAUUUACCUCUGACCUCCGCCAAUGACGAAGCCUGCAGACUGUUCGAUACCGCCAUUACUCAGGUGACGUCCAUGUAUGCAGACGCCGAGAUGGGAGGCAUUGGUAACACGUUUAAAAAGAUGUUGGAAGCCGAUCCUAAUUUCGUUAUGGGUCAGGUGUUGGUAAAUUCUAUGAAAUAUGGGGAAUCCAAGAGCGAUACAGAGGAUGUAAGGAAAGCCGUAGUCGACAUUUCAAAUCAGGCUAUACAACAAGAAGUAACGGAAAGAGAAAGUAAAUACGUGGCAGCAUUGAAACAAGUGGCGGAAGGGAACAUUCUACAAGCUGCCGCUACAAACAGGAGCAUUUUAAAUGAUUCACCAACCGACUUACUAGCAUGCCUGCUGGCUUUCGUUAAAUAUUACGAACUAGGAAUGUCUAAGGAGAUACUAGAAAUGAUGUCAUUCGUGUCGAAGGCGUACCAGCCGGAGACUCCGGGAUACAGUACUAUUCUCGGAUGGAAAGCCUAUGCACAUGAAGAAAACCUGCAGCUAGUAGAAGCUGAGCAGGACGUACACAAGAGUUUAGCUGUUUCUCCUGGCGAAGUUUUUGCAAUCCACACGAUGGCUCACAUCCAUCUAGAAAAAGGCAUGCUAGAUGAUGGUCUGGCCUUCCUUCAGAGUAAAGCCAAAUACUGGGAGUCAUCAAGUUUGGCGUGUCACAUAGCUUGGCAUGAAGCUCUGUUUUAUGUAGAAAAGGGACAAUUUGAUGAUGCAGUCACGACUUUUGAUGAAAAGAUAAUAACACGACUUGCAAAUCCAGGGAAUUUUAACGAUGCUUCUUCUUUAUUGUACCGUUUGUCUUUUGAAGAUAUCCAUGUUCCAGAAAGAUGGAAAAGCGUACUUCAACAUGUAGAUAUGUUAGCUGGGCAGUACAUCUGGAUGUAUCUGGAUGCUCACAUUUUACUGUGUUUACAUAGAAAUGGAGAAAAAGAACGGGCACGUGCAAUGUUGGAGGAGUUAAAGGAGUAUGUCAAAGAAAACUCUGCCACAAACGCUCAGGUGACACAUGAUGUUGGAAUACCACUCUGUGCUGGGAUAACGGCAUAUGAAGAGGGGGACCUAGAAACAGCUGUAAAUUGUCUCAACUCUGUACGUGAUUCACUUCAUAGAAUUGGAGGAAGCAUUGCACAGAGGGACACAUUCAUACAACUUUUGUUGCAUUCAGCGAUAAAAUCCCCUAACUCUAAGUACAGCCCCCUUGCUGGAACACUUCUAAUGGAAAGGAAAGCCAGGCGUGCCGAGGAUCCACUAGGGGAUCGCCUCAUGCUUCACGGAGGUGAAAGAUACAAUUUUGUUUCCUAGAUGUAUUCCUCAAUGUAUUCAUACUUUAAGUAUUAAAUGAUGUCAAACAUCUACGCGGUGUUGCUUA